CUGGUUGUCUUCAGUAUUUAGCGAGUGCUACUCGAAUAGAUAUCGUGACUCCUCUAAAGCUUUGCGCAAAAGCUAAAGCGAGCAGCGAAUCUAUUCUAGCCCUUAAGCGUGUAUUUAGAUACUUAAGAACUCGAAGAGUUUUGAAGUAUUUCAAUCGUAGUAAACAACUCCAAAACAAACUAAUCCUUACUGUCUGGACGGAUUCUGACUUCGGUGGAACUAUAGGCAGAAGAGGAAUCUCAGGCAUAGUAGUGAAUUUGAAUGGCAAUCCUAUAUAUUGGAAAUCUAUCACGCAAAGCAAUAUUGCUACGUCAGUGACUGAAUCCGAGUUCUAUGGUAUGACAGAUGGAGCCAAGGCCAUUCUACGUUUUUGCUAUGUUUUAACAUCACUACAAGGCUGGCUUAGUAUUUAUUUUCCGGAGCCAAAAAUACUUUUCCCGCUUCCUUUGAAAGCUGACAAUCAGGGAGGCCUUAAGUAUGCUAUAAAUAAAUCCGGGACAGCUAGCAGACUGAAGCACUUAGACAUUAGGGAGUGUUUCAUAAGAGACAUUGCAAGUAGGAAUAUUGUGCGACCAUUAUAUUUCCCAUCUGCUAGCAACAAGGCCAACGGGCUAACUAAAAUAGUUCUUGGCAAAGAUUUUUUCAACUUCUUAGAAAUGAAUGGAGUAAGAAAUAUAGAACCAGGGAUAAAAAAUGGCUAAAGACCGCUGAACACGG